ACAUUCUAAAUAAGUACCACCGUAGUUUUAUCAACAGUCAAACAAUAAGUACACGCCAUGAAGUAUUGUUUAGUUUUUGUAUUAUUGCAUGUAGCUUUUGGAGGCAAAGUCAAAGUGUUGAUGCAUUCCGACGAGGAUGACUCGAGAAUUGAUGACGAUGACUCCUAUACCAUCACAAAGAGGACUGACGCGACAUUGAUGCCCUUUGUGAAGAAAUAUCGCAAACAUGUCGAUGAAAAUGAUGAGGACGAAAAAGUAACUGAAAAAAGUCAUCUACAUCCAAACGAUUUGUUCUUUCCGUUGAUUUACAUGCAAAAUCAUAUCAACAGUAUGUUCAAAUUCGGUGAGAUUUGGUACACUUGGUCGAUAGACGAGCGCAAAGACGGUUCUAAGGUAACCAACUACUACGCUUGCUAUGACGAACCGAGGCAUUGCGACGAAACUGGAUGGGAUCGCGUGAAUUCGCCCCCGAAGUGCGCUUUCCAAAUCGACUCUCUGAUGGGGGAGGACCGCGCGUGCGUCAACACCUUCGGCAUCGAACCCCACAACAACGGCAACUGUGACUCUGGCGAACCUAUCAAGGUGAACGACAUAGUGAAAUCAUGCGGUGCGCGUAUCCGCUCGCUGUGGCGUUUUGUUCGCGCGGGCAGACGGCCGUCCAGCGCCGCCAAGCCCGCAGACAUCAACUCGCUGGUCUGUGAGGACGAAAAGGAGUGCCACAUCGCUAUUGAAUAUAAGAUUCAUCACGACAGAAUUACCUUCUCACUGAGCGAGCCAAACCGCGGACAAACUUUCAAAAGCGCCUUGAUACGGGACGUGCCGCUAGACGACGACAAAAUAACGCCAAUACCCGGCCACCGACAUCCACGUGUCAUCAAAAAACUCUACAAGGAAUCAUACCCGAGACCCAACAAAAAAUAUCAUAAGAAAAACGCCGAAGGCAAGGGUGUCGUGAAGGAAGAAAAAGAAUCAUUUCCAAAAGUUAACGAGCACAGGAACAAAAUAAAAGUGAGGGAUGACGUGUAUUCCGAUGAAGGACAGUACUGAUCGCGAUGACUGUAAUAUGUACUAUCAGAGAAGUUGAUUCGUAUGCAAAUUGGGGACCUAAGUA